CGUAGUUGGCGAAGCUGCUUAGCAGACUACAUACAAGUGUUUGAUGUUUUUGAAGCGGCGGCAAGCUGCGUUUAGUUUAGGCUAGAGGAAUUUAAUUUGUUCUCUCACCAUGUCGAAACGAAAAUUCGACGAAAUUGAGGAGAUGAGUACCGCGGAACUUCUUGAGAGAGACUUGCAGAAGGACGGCCCAAGCAAGGCAGAAUCUACGAUAAAGAAAAAUUCGUUGGAUUCUGACGAAGAGGAUGAUGGCGAUGGAAAAAAUUAUGACAUUCUCUCUGAUGAUGACAUUGAAGGUCAAGAGGAUGGUCAUGCUGUUCAGGAAGGUGGUGUUCACAUCACACCGUUCAACAUGCACGAAGAAUUGGAAGAGGGCCAUUUUGACACUGAGGGCAACUACCACUGGAAAAAGGAUAAGGAAGUCCGUGAUAACUGGCUAGAAAAUAUUGAAUGGGUCAAUAUUAAAAAUGCUAAAACAGGUGUGGAGGGUGAGGAAACUAGUGCAGCAGAUUUGAAAGAAGAAGAAUCACGUCCAGAGUCACCAUUUGAUAAUGUUGCUAGCUAUAAAAAAAUGCUUGCGUUCAUGAAACCUAAAGAAACUGUGAAACAAUCUUUGCAGAGACUUGGUGGGUCUGGCAGCCUAUCUGCAUCAGAAAGAUUACGGCGUAAGAAAGCAGGAUUGGAUCUUGGGAACCCUGGUGACAAACAAGCUGUCACUGACCUAACAGAACUUGCAAACAACAUUUUAAAUAGAACUGGAAAUAUGGAUAUAUAUCAAGAAACCUUUGAGUACAUAUCGCAGCAAAUUUCAGCUUCUGAGAACAAGACGAACACUGAAUUACCCAAGCAGGCUGUUGAUGCCGAGCUUGAUAUGUAUGCUGACGACUUUGAUGUGAAAGCCAAAGAACAAAAAGUCCGCAAGGAAGAGGAGGCUGCUGCAGCAGAAGCACAAACAAAGUCAAACAAGGAAGAGGGUGGAUAUAGCAAAGAGCCAGAAGUUACAUGGGAGUUCAAAUGGAAGAAAGAUGACAGUGAAUUUCAUGGACCACAUGACAGUGAACAAAUGCAGAAGUGGUUAGAUGAAGGCCAUCUCAAAGGUGAUGAAUGGGUAAGGAAAGUAAGAAGUGAUGGUGAAAGUGAAUUCUACUCAAUCAAAAGGGUUGAUUUUGAAAUCUACAUGUGAACCAAUCCAUUAUGAAAUGUGUCCUGCAUAUUUUAAUUUAUAUCUCUACAUACUUUACAAUUGUGUAGAAACUUUACAUUCGUCUUGUAAAUUUUUGGAGUAGUCUUUACUUGUUUGUGUUAAAAAGUAGUACUACUGUAUUUUAAAAAUUUGUACAUAGUUAUUUGGUGAUGUUAUUGAACAUGUUCAACUGCUGUUAGUGAAUAUUAGUAUUUACUCAACCUUACAAUAAUUUCUUUAUGUGAUUUUUUACAAUUGCAGACAUAAAUGUAACAUACGUAGCCACAUUUCCUUUGCCAUAUUUCUGCAGAAAGUAUACCCCUAUGUGAUGUUUUACCGUUGACUAUAUUAUGAACUCUUUGUCUCAAUUUUUUGUCUGUAAAUACCGGGUGUAACUGUGAGUACGCAGCAGUGUGGCGGGUUUCCCUACUCUUUACACCCGUAAGGAGCCGUGGCCCCUGCGGCCAUAUUGAGUAUGCAAUCUCGCAACACUGCUGCGUAUUCUCAGUUACACCCGUUACAAUACACAAUAGUAAGUUGGGGUGGGUUAACACACAAAUUUUCAUUCCUUAUGUGAACCUCCGUUUUCUAGGAUUAAAAGACAAAUCAAUCGGUUUU